AUUAAAAAAUGGCCAAUUUUCGCGGCUUCUACAUACCAUCCUUAGGAGCAACAUUGAACGUUGCCUGGGAAACAUUAAAGGCUAAAUGGCCAGAGAACAGUCCCUGUAUGGAACUUAUUCGUGGCAAUGGUCCAGGACAGCGACAGCCGGCUCCAGGACAAAGUGGACAGGAACAGUUGAAAUCAUUCGACGAAGGUCGCGAUAAUACGGAAAUGAUGACUAUGAACGGAGAUCAAGCGUAUCGGGACCAGAAUAACGUAGCCAUCGCCGAGGACUCGUUCAGCUAUCAACGAAAUGGGGACAAAAUUAGGACAGGAAGUGUUAGUAGCGGCGAAUUUAGUGAAUAUGACGAAGGUGGCGGUGAAUUUGGUGGUUCAGGAGUAAAGAUUAACGAAUGGCAAGCCGCGUGGAACGUUACAAACGCUAUACAGGGUAUGUUCAUCGUGUCGUUGCCAUUCGCCGUAUUACGAGGCGGUUACUGGGCCAUUGCUGCGAUGAUCGGUAUAGCUCAUAUCUGUUGCUAUACCGGCAAGAUACUCGUCGAAUGUUUAUACGAACUGGACACUACGACUGGUCAACGUGUACGUGUACGAGAUUCGUACGUAGCUAUUGCUAAAGAAUGUUUCGGACCUACGUGGGGUGCUAGAGCGGUGAAUAUCGCUCAAAUAAUCGAGUUACUGAUGACAUGUAUCUUAUACGUGGUCGUGUGCGGUGAUCUAAUGAUAGGCACGUUUCCCGAGGGCGCGAUCGAUACCAGAAGCUGGAUGAUGCUCGUCGGGAUAUUUCUACUGCCUCUCGGUUUUCUAAAAUCCCUUCAGCACGUCUCGGUGCUCAGUUUUUGGUGCACGAUGUCUCAUUUGUUCAUAAACGCGAUAAUCGUCGGCUAUUGUAUCUUGGAGAUCGGCGACUGGGGUUGGUCGAAAGUGAAAUGGACGAUCGAUCUAGAGAACUUCCCGAUCUCGCUCGGCGUGAUAGUGUUCAGUUACACUUCGCAGAUAUUCUUGCCCACGUUGGAGGGUAAUCUGAUCGAUCGUUCAAAGUUCGAUUGGAUGUUAAAUUGGAGUCACAUCGCGGCCGCCGCGUUCAAAUCGCUGUUCGGCUGGAUCUGUUUUCUAACGUUCCAAAACGACACGCAGCAGGUGAUCACGAAUAAUUUACACUCGGCUGGAUUCAAGGGUCUGGUGAAUUUAUGCUUGGUGAUAAAGGCCGUGUUGUCGUAUCCGUUGCCGUAUUACGCUGCCUGCGAGCUCCUCGAGAGAGCGUUCUUCAGGGGUAGACCGAAAACGAUCUUCCCGACGAUAUGGACCGUGGAUCGGGAAUUGAAAGUGUGGGGUUUGGCGUGGCGCGUCGGUGUGAUCGUUUUCACCAUUCUCAUGGCAAUAUUCAUUCCGCAUUUCAGUAUUCUCAUGGGUUUCAUCGGUUCGUUCACCGGGACAAUGUUGUCCUUCAUAUGGCCGUGUUACUUUCAUUUGAAAUUGAAGAGAAACUCGAUGGAAUGGAGCGCGGUAGCGUACGAUUGCUUCGUUAUAUUUCUCGGGGUGCUUUUCGGUGUGAUAGGUGUAUACGAUUCAGGCUCCGCCUUGAUCAACGCCUUUGAAAUUGGUCUGCCGUUUUGA